AAUGGAAUCUCACUUGAAUCAAGAUGUAUUGUCUAGACCGUCUUAUGUUUUUAGUGCUGACCCAAUUGCGAGGCCUUCGGAAGUCAAUUUUGAUGGUGUUAAGCUUGAUCUUUCUCAUGAGUUUUCCUUAGUUGCCUCAAACCCUGGGGCAAACAGUUUGGGAUCUAAAAACUACCUUCAAGUUUGUCUUCGAAUAAGACCAUUUACACAGUCAGAAAAAGAACAUGAGGCUGAGGGCUGUGUGCAAGUUCUGGAUUCACAGACUGUUCUGCUGAAAGACCCUCAAAGCAUCCUUGGCCACUCAAGUGAGAAGAGCUCUGGACAGGUGGCACAGAAAUUCUGUUUUUCUAAGGUUUUUGGACCUAAAACUUCACAGAAAGAGUUCUUUCUGGGUUGCAUUAUGGAGCCAGUAAAGGACCUCUUAAAAGGACACAGUCGACUGAUCUUCACAUAUGGGCUGACCAAUUCUGGAAAAACAUAUACAUUUCAAGGCACAGAAGAAAAUAUUGGCAUUUUGCCUAGAACACUGAAUGUACUGUUUGAUAGUCUUCAGGAAAGACUAUAUACGAAGAUGAGCUUCAAACCACACAGAUGUAGAGAAUACUUAAAAUUAUCAUCUGAUCAAGAGAAGGAGGAAAGUGCUACCAAAAAUACAUUGCUGCGACAAAUUAAAGAGGUUACCAUACAUAAUGACAGUUAUGAUAUUCUUUGUGGACAGCUAACAAACUCUUUGACUAUCCCAGAAUUUGAAGAAUCCAUGAACAGUUGUGACCAGUCCAGUAUGAAUGUGGAUAAUAUAAAGUAUUCUGUGUGGGUUUCUUUCUUUGAGAUUUACAAUGAAAGUAUUUACGAUUUGUUUGUUCCCGUGUCCUCUAAGUUUCAAAAGAGAAAAAUGUUACGCCUUUCCCAAGAUAUAAAGGGCUAUUCUUUUAUAAAAGAUCUGCAAUGGGUCCAGGUAUCUGACUCUAAAGAAGCAUAUAGACUCUUAAAACUAGGAGUGAAGCAUCAGAGUGUUGCUUUCACCAAACUGAACAAUGCUUCUAGUAGAAGUCACAGCAUAUUCACUAUUAGAAUAUUACAGAUAGAAGAUUCUGAAAUACCUCGUGUAACACGAGUUAGUGAAUUGUCUUUAUGUGAUCUUGCUGGUUCAGAGCGAAGCAUGAAGACACAAAACGAAGGUGAAAGGUUAAGAGAGGCUGGGAAUAUCAACACUUCUUUAUUGACUCUGGGAAAGUGUAUCAAUGUUUUGAAGAACAGUGAAAAGUCAAAGGUUCAACAGCAUGUGCCUUUCCGAGAAAGCAAACUGACCCACUAUUUCCAAAGUUUUUUCACUGGAAAAGGGAAAGUAUGUAUGAUCAUCAAUAUUAGUCAGUCUUGCUCUGCCUAUGAUGAGACACUCAAUGUCCUGAAGUUCUCAACCAUCGCGCAAAAGGAACUGUUGGAUUUAAUAGAAAACUUGAAAAAAAGACUAAUAAAUGAAAAUAAAGAAAAAUUAACAUUGGAACUUAAAAUCCGAGAAGAAGUUACACAGGAAUUCACUCAGUAUUGGAGCCAACGGGAAGCUGAUUUUAAGAUGACACUUCUUCAUGAACGAGAGCUAUUAGAAGAAAAUGCUGAACGUCGCUUGGCAAUCUUCAAAGAUUUGGUUGGAAAAUGUGACAGUCAAGAUGAACCAACAAAUACAAUUUGUGGCAUAGAACUUGAAACUAAAGAAGCUCAUAAUUAUGUAGGAGUUGAAGAUAUUUUUCAUUCUCUUCAAGAUGAUGUCACUGAUAUUAAGAAACAGGCCGAACUUGCUCAUUUGUAUAUUACAUCUCUUGUUGAUCCCCAGGAAGCUAUUGCCUGUUUGCAGCUAAAGUUUAAUCAAGUUAAAGCAGAAUUAGCUGAAACAAAAGAAGAAUUAAUUAAAGCCCAAGAAGAGCUAAAAAACAGAGGGAGUGACUCUUUGGUUCAGGCACUCAAGACAUCAAGUAAGGUUGAUACAUCUUUAACCAGCAAUAAGUCAACUUGUAAUGAAACAAGUGAAAUGCCCAAGAACAGUAGAGCCCAGACACAUUCAGAAAGGAAAAGAUUAAAUGAAGAUGGACUUGAGCCUGGUGAGCCACCAGCCAAGAAAGGGCUUAUACUCCUUAGUCCACCCAUCACCGAAGAUCAAAACAAAAGGGAAGAAAUGCAGCAGUCUGUUUCAGAAGUUGUGGAAGGCAAUAGAGUUUUAAAGGAAAAGAACGAAGAGCUGAAAAGACUUUUAACUGUCGGUGAGAAUGAACUCAGAAAUGAAAAGGAGGAAAAAGCAGAAUUAAAUAAACAGGUUGUGAGUUUGCAGCAGCAACUUCGUUUCUUUGAAGAAAAGAACUCAUCCCUGAGGGCAGAUGUAGAGCAAAUCCAGGCCAGUUACGACAGUGCAGUUGCUGAGCUACAAACACAGAAAGCUGUGAACCAGGAGCAGGAGGACAGGAUCCUGAAAUUGUCACAGGAGAUGGAGACCGCUGCGAGAAGUAUCAAGAACAAUGUUUCACAGAUAAAACGAAUGCAGACAAAAAUAGAUGAAUUGCGGUCACUUGAUUCACCUUCUCAUAUUUCAAAAAUAGAUUUACUUAAUCUCCAGGAUCUAUCAAGUGGUGCUAAAGGGGACAGUUGUCUGAACACAUCACAGCAGCUUCCAGGUGGUGACUUAUCAAGCACAUGGGUUAAAGAAUAUCAUACUCAGGAGCUCAGCAGGGAAAAUUCCUUCCACUCUAGCAUUGAAGCCAUCUGGCAAGAAUGUAAAGAGAUUGUGAAGGCUUCCUCCAAAAAGUCUCACCAGAUUCAGGGACUAGAAGAACAAAUUGAAAAAUUACAGGUGGAAGUAAAAGGAUACAGGGACGAGAACGGUGAACUCCGAGCACAGGAGCGUGAGGGCAAGAGUAGAGAUCACCAGCUGAAGGAGAAAGAAAGUCUCAUCCAGCAGCUCAGAGAAGAACUGCAGGAAAAAAGUGUCAGUCUCGGGGUUCAAGUACAGCUUGUGGCAGAAAGAGAGCAAGCUCUUUCAGAGCUUUCCCAGGAUGUUACCUGCUAUAAGGCAAAAAUAAAGGACCUUGAAGUGAUAGUAGAGACCCAGAAAGAUGAGUGUAAGCGCUUAGUUGAGUUAGAGCAAAGCAUUUUAGAGAAGGAAUCUGCCAUCUUAAAACUGGAAGCAAAUCUAAAGGAAUUUGAAGCAAAGCAUCAGGAUCACAUCAGAAGCACCAAAGAUUUAACUGCAAAGGAGGUCAAGGUCACAGAAGAGGUCACAAGGUUGGCAAAUAGUCUGCAUCAUACGAAACAGUUACUUCAGUCAAAGGAAGAAGAAAAUGAAAUUAGCAGACAAGAGACAGAAAAAUUGAGAGAGGACCUUGCUGCAAACUCUAUUCUUACUCAGAAUCUCAGAGCAGAUCUUCAGAGGAAGGAAGAAGACUGUGCUGAGCUGAGAGAGAAGUUCAUUGAUGCCAAAAAGCAGAUCGAGCAGGUCCAGAAGGAGGUAUCUGUAAUGCGUGAUGAAGAGAAAUUAUUGAGGAUUAAAAUUAAUGAACUGGAGAAAAAGAAAAACCAGUAUUCUCAGGAAUUAGAUAUGAAACAACGAACCAUUCAGCAACUUAAGGAGCAGCUAAGUAAUCAGAAAAUGGAAGAAGCUGUCCAACAGUAUGAGAAAGUGUGCAAAGAUCUCAGUGUUAAGGAGAAGCUGGUUGAAGACAUGCGAAUGAUACUAGUGGAGCAGGAGCAGACCCAGGCAGAGCAGGACUGGGUGCUCGAGGCCAAGUCAGAGGAAGCUGACUGGCUAGCCGCAGAAUUGGAUAAAUGGAAAGAAAAAUUCAAAGAUCUGGAAGCUAGAAGUAAUCAGAGGUUAAAAACAGAAGCCAUGGAUGACAUAGACAUGCUUACUAAGAAAUUCAGCAAGCUUCAGGACGAGCUGCAGGAAUCUGAAGAGAAAUAUAAAGCUGAUAGAAAGAAGUGGUUAGAAGAAAAAGCUGUCCUUACCACUCAAGCCAAAGAAGCAGAGAAUCUACGAAACAGGGAGAUGAAAAAAUAUGCUGAAGACAGGGAGCGUUGUUUAAAGCUACAGAAUGAAGUGGAAACACUGACAGCACAGCUGGCAGAGAAAAAUAGUGAGCUUCAGAAAUGGAGAGAAGAGCGUGACCAGCUGGUCACAGCUGUAGAGACACAGAUGAAGGCUCUGCUCUCCAGCUGCAAGCAUAAGGAUGAAGAAAUCCAGGAACUAAGAAAGGCUGCAGCAGAGAGCACCGGGACAGAAAACCAAACCAUGAAUCUCAAGCCUGAAUAUAAUGGAUCAGUUGAUCUUGGUGGAGUUGAAACUGAACCUCAGUCAACAAGUUUUGAAAUUUCUAGGAAUACAGCAGAGGAUGGAUCUGUGGUUCUUGACUCUUGUGAAGUGUCAACAGAAAAUGUACAAACUACUCGAUUUCCAAAACCUGAAUUGGAGAUUCAGUUUACACCUUUGCAGCCAAACAAAAUGGCAGUGAAGCACCCUGGUUGUGCCACACCAGUCACAAUUAAGAUCCCCAAGGCGCGGAAGAGGAAGAGUGGUGAAGUGGAAGAGGCUUCCUUAUGUCCAACAUCUAAGAAAACUUACUCUUUACGGAGUCAAGCAUCUACAGUUAAUGCAAACGUAGCCUCUAAAAAAAGAGAGGGAACACUACAGAAAUUUGGAGACUUCUUGCAGCAUUCUCCAACAAUUCUUCAAUCAAAAGCAAAAAAGAUCAUUGAAACAAUGAGUUCUCCAAAGUUAUCAACAGUAGAAGUAAGUAAAGAAAAUGUAUCCCAGCCAAAAAAAACCAAACGGAAAUUAUACAGAAAUGAAAUUUCAUCUCCCAUCAACAUAUCUGGCCAAGUGAUUUUAAUGGAACAGAAAGUAAAAGAAACUGAUCAUCAGAUUCUCAAACGACGGCUUCGAACACGAACAGCCAAAUAA